UUUGAGUGCUUGCCAGUUAAUAUCAGCAGACUGGACCUACAAAACAACCAGAUCGCCAGUGUGCCCAAGGGGAUUGCUGAGCUGAACUCCUUGAAGGAGCUGAACCUGGCAUCAAACAGGCUGGCUGAUCUGCCAGGGUGCAGGGCGUUUGUGGGCCUGCAGAUCCUGAACAUAGAGAGGAAUUUGAUCCUCACCCCAUCCGCCGACUUCUUUGAGAGCUGCCCGAGCGUGAAGGAGCUACAGGCUGGGCAAAACCCAUUCAAGUGUUCGUGUGAGCUGCAGGACUUCCUGCACCUGGAAAGGCAGUCUGGGGGGAAGCUGUCUGGCUGGCCGGAGGCGUAUGUGUGCCAGUACCCAGAAGACUUGAGCGGAACGCAGCUGAAGGACUUCCACUUGACUGAGCUGGCUUGCAACACGACUCUGCUGCUCGUGACAGCUCUGCUGCUGACCCUGGUGCUGGUGGCCGUGGUGGCCUUUCUGUGCAUCUACCUGGAUGUGCCGUGGUACGUGCGGAUGCUGUGGCAGUGGACGCAGACGAAGCGGAGAGCUUGGCACGACAGCCCCGAGGAGCGGGAAAGCGGUCUGCAGUUUCACGCCUUCAUUUCCUACAGCGAACGCGAUUCCUUGUGGGUGAAGAACGAGCUGAUCCCCAAUUUGGAGAAGGGGGAGGGCUGCAUCCGGCUGUGCCAGCACGAGAGAAACUUUAUCCCCGGCAAAAGCAUUGUGGAGAAUAUCAUUAACUGCAUUGAGAAGAGCUACAGGUCCAUCUUUGUGUUGUCACCCAACUUUGUGCAGAGCGAAUGGUGUCACUACGAGCUGUACUUUGCCCAUCACAAGCUGUUUAGUGAGAAUUCCAACAGCUUAAUCCUGAUCUUGCUGGAGCCGAUCCCUUCAUAUGUUAUCCCUGCGAGGUACCACAAGCUGAAGGCUCUCAUGGCAAAGAGAACCUACCUGGAGUGGCCAAAGGAGAGGAGCAAGCAUGCGCUUUUCUGGGCUAACCUGAGGGCAGCUAUUAGC